AAAAAGAAGAAGAUUAAGCCUAAAGUCAGCAUGUUAUCACCAAAGGCUUCUGCAAAAGUGAGAACAGCAAAACAAAAAUGUUCUCAUUUCCAAGUCAUUAGGACUUGGAACUGAGUGCAGAACUGUUGAUUCAUAGAGUAUCCACCAGCAAGACAGCAAGACGACACAGACUGUGGUUGUUGACACUUGGCUUAAUUUGUAGCAACCAAUAUCCUAUGGCAUCAGAGAUGAGCCUAGUAGGCCAUUCACAACUACCUUCAGCUGAUGGAUUUCCCCUUUCUGACGCUUCACCUUUAUUUGGUGUCCUUCCAGAACCAAUGACUUCUCCAGUGCAAGAUUCUGAUGUGUCAGCUUAUUCACAGUACAACCAUGUAUCCUUUCCUGCAGCACAGCCUCCACUCGCUUCACCACCUUAUUACUCUAGCCUUGGCUUCUAUCCCCAACAGCCUGAGGAAUGGUAUUCCCCUAUCAUGUAUGAGUUCAGAAAAAUGCCUUCUGAUAACUUCUACACCAAGGAGCCAGACCUAGGAAGCAUGGCUGUAGCCAAGAAGUCUCGGAUGGGGAUUUCCUCAGGAAGAAUGAAAGGCGAAGAGUUGUGUGUUGUCUGUGGUGACAAGGCCUCUGGGUACCAUUACAACGCUCUUACCUGUGAGGGCUGCAAAGGAUUCUUCAGAAGAAGUAUCACCAAAAAUGCUGUGUAUAAGUGUAAAAAUGGAGGAAACUGUGAAAUGGACAUGUAUAUGAGGAGAAAGUGUCAGAUGUGCCGUCUUCAGAAGUGCAAGGAAGUAGGGAUGCUGGCUGAGUGUUUGUUAACAGAAAUACAAUGCAAGUCAAAAAGGCUAAGAAAAAAUACGUCACAGCCUCUAGAUCAAUCAGCUGGUGAAGAUAAUGACGGUUCUGACCUGAAGCAAGUGUCUUCUACAACCAAAUUCUACAAGGAGAAAGUAGAACUAACCCCAGAACAACAGAAUCUUCUUCACUAUAUCAUGGAUUCAUAUAAUAAACAACGGAUUCCUCCUGAAGUUUCUAAAAAGCUGUUACAAGAGGAAUUCAGUGCUGAAGAAAACUUUCUCAUUUUAACAGAAAUGGCCACUAGUCAUGUACAGGUCCUUGUGGAAUUCACCAAAAGAUUACCAGGCUUUCAAACCCUUGACCAUGAGGAUCAGAUUGCAUUAUUGAAAGGUUCUGCUGUUGAAGCCAUGUUCCUUCGGUCAGCCGAAAUCUUCAACAGGAAACUCCCUAUAGGCCAUGCUGAUCUCCUGGAAGAAAGAAUUCGUAACAGUGGCAUCUCAGAUGAAUAUAUAACACCCAUGUUCAACUUCUAUAAAAGUAUUGGGGAACUGAAGAUGACACAAGAAGAGUAUGCUCUACUUACAGCAAUAGUUAUCUUAUCUCCAGAUCGGCAAUAUAUACAGGACAGAGAAUCUGUGGAAAGGCUUCAAGAGCCCCUGCUUGAAGUUCUGCAGAAGUUCUGCAAGCUUUAUCACACAGACAAUCCUCAACAUUUUGCCUGCCUCUUGGGUCGUCUUACAGAACUGCGGACUUUUAAUCAUCACCACGCGGACAUGCUGAUGUCUUGGAGAGUUAAUGAUCACAAGUUUACACCUCUUCUUUGUGAGAUAUGGGAUGUCCAGUAAUAAGACUGGGUUUAGUUACAAUCUUAAGCACAUUUACUUGGAAAAAUGGAACUGACUCUAUGUAAAUGUUUUCAGGGUCAAAUUUUUUAAAAAUCACGCCAAACCAAUUUUCCUUAUUGGAGUUUGUCAGUUAUUAUGUUUCCAAACUUUACGUAAAAUACUUUUACUGGGAAGCUGGAGUGACUGUUUUGUUCUUCAGAUUCCCACUGUCCUCUUGGAAGGAAAACAACAAAAAUCAUUUUACAUGCCAGAAGCUGAUAUCCUGUUAUCCCUUCAGUAAUUAAACUGACUGUAUCUCCAUUUCUUCUUUGAGAAUUAUGAGCUCUCCACAUGUAUUCAUUGCAUUCUGCAUAAUCUAAAUGUUUCAUUAUUAGACAAUUUUGUACUUACUAUAAGAAUUCAGUAAAUAUCACUCUCUCUAAAAA